CAUCACAUUCAACCUCGGGUUACCGCGAGAGAAGUCACUCUGCUCCGCGCGAGCGAGAGAGGGAGUCGACUUCUUUCUUGGUUUAUUGGCCGAAUAUUAAGUCCGCGGGUGAAGGGAUGCGUCUCGCUUAAAGUCCGAUGUACCACGGCGAAUAUACACAUGGUUCAAUGUGCCGAGGACAGCUCCGUGGUGCCUGGUGUGUUGACCGGAAAGUAGCGGCAGCAAUAAUCUGGACGAGCAGCGCGCGGACGUCCGAAGGGGAAAGGACACUUUGACGAGUUUCGCAGUUUGUUUUGAUUGUCCAGUCAAACCCUUCGGGGUAUUUUUCCCCUCGGUGGGUAGCUGCUAGUCUGAAGAGCAGCGAUGGAUCCAGGUGGCUGUCAAAUGAAUGGCGGUGGAGGAGGAGGCGGCGGCGGCGGCGGCGGCGGCGGCGGGCCCGAAGAAACCGGGAUGAUCACGCUGGAGGACCUGGAGUCUUUCUCGGAAGACCAGCUUUCAGACUCGGGGAACGACGAUGAGGACAAAACCAUGGACGAUGACCGACUGCUGCACUACUGGCAGGAAGUAGCGAGGGGACACCAAGUGGAAGUUUCUCAAGAAAUGGCGGAGCCCAUCCAACAGCUAACCAGCAACAACCAAGGACGCAGUAACAGAGAAGACAUCCCUUUUACACUCCUGUCACGCAAAGAGAAGUGUGGAGAGCUGCUGUGGGAAAAGCGCCAUUACGAGAAGGGCCACUGGGCUUGUGUAAAAAUGCGUGAGGAAACGUACGAACAGAGCAUCUGCUAUGGUUUCAUGAAGCUGAUGAGAUACAUCUGCCAGCAGAACUCCUUGGGUGACUACCUGGGCAUGACACUGCCCAUCGUCACAGUGGUGCGCACAGAUGAGAACCAUUCUGUGAUAUCCAAUGAUGUCGUUGUGGCGUAUUUCCUUCCCAUUGAGCAUCAGGCCCAGCCCCCACAACCUAAUGACAAUGAGAUCGCCAUUGAGAUCUGGCCCGCCAAUACUGUAUACACAAGGCCCUUCACUGGUCCCACCAAUGAAGUGACCAUCGUUAAUGAGAUCAAUGCCAUGGCUCAGCAGCUGGACUCCCCUGGUGUGCUUGCCAAUGACUCGUUCAUUGUGGCCGGCUACACCAACCCAGCUCACAUCAACCGUCAGAAUGAGAUCUGGUUCCUACAGCGUCCCUGAGGGAGAAGAAGAUCGUGUUGUGCAUCAUCUCAUCUGUGAGCCUCAUAAAGACUCACAUAACACUGCCGCAGCUCAGCUACAGUCUCAGGUGCAACCCAAUCUUUAUUUACCACCUCUGCAUGAAAAGACAACCAGCCCCAGCACAGUUGGGGCCGGACAUAAACUCAGCCCUUACUCCACCCUCAGUGAAUAUUAAUUAUUGUUCAUUUAGAUAAAUCCUCAUUUCACCCAAAGGAAUUGAACCAAACCACUGCCAUGGACACAACCCAGAUGUUAAAGACACAAUGAGUAGGAUUUUUCGGUUGCAGUGUGUGAACACAGCAUUCAAAGUUGGCCCCUCCUCCUCAACAAAACAAGGGUCACGAUGCUCGCCAGUGGGUGAAAGCGGACCCCAGGUCUUUGGACCAAGCUUUGUCCACAUGGCCUUUUAUCUCGCUAUAAUUGAUAUUAUUUUUGACAAGAUCCUACUCGUUUUGCCUUUCUGGUGAAAUAUGACAUUUAACUCCUGCUCUUACAUUGACGAAAACCUUUCCUAAAUACAGUGUCCUGUAGUUAAAAGUUAAAAUAGUUUGAACUCUUCAAACUCUGAACACUGAUUGCUGUCAGAAAAAUGCAGCCGCCUUAUCGUGCCCCCUUUCUGUUUAUUGCACAGCUACUCUGUCUCGUCAUGUUGGGUAAAGGUCAAUGUACAAAAAGAAAAUAAUAAUUUCUCUAGCUUGCUGUGGUGAUUACAACUGACUGUUGAUCCGCUGUUUCUUUGUCUCUGGACUAAAUUAUUCACUACAGGUUACGACGUGGUGCCAGUCACACUGCAUAACCACUUACAUGUUUCAUGAGUACGUGCAAUAUUUACCACAUGUCAACCAAUCAGUUAUUACAGUUGCUGAGCCACGAACCUGACCCAAUCCAAGGGUCCGUUCAGCCGACCACAUACAGGCCAGAACUCGUGGCUUCAACCGUGAAUAAGCUCAACCCAACAGGUGACACUAGUUUAGAAAACAAACCCAUCUGAACAUAACAUGCACAUGUGCAUGAAUGUACAGCUGCAGGGAGGGUCAACAGGACGCACUUAUACAAACCAAAAACUCACUGACAUUACAGCUGAAUGACAAUCAAAAAGUAAUUAAAUGUAUCCUUUUCGCUGAAGAAAAAGUGAAUGCAUUCCUCAUUGCAAAUCUAUUCACACAUAAGAAUAGUUACUUAUGUACCUCCAUCUCAUGCUGUUUCUACUUGCUACUCUGUGUCAGUGUUCGUGAUUAAGCCUCAGACAUACUGUCUUUGGAUAGCUGCGGUACUGCAAUUGCGCUCGAUCCGGCAUGUGCAUUUCCCGAUCCACACUCCAUUUCAGUUGGUAGCGAUUAAUGCACCAUAACGUUGUUUGCCAGAAGUUCAACUUUAUUUGUCCGUUUUUGUAUUCCUUUAAAGACAAAUUAUUAAAUUUGGUUAACAGCAGAUUUCCUUGAGAAACCUCUCGUCAAAACGAGCAUCACUUUGUUAUUUCCUUUUUUUUCUUGGCAAACCAGGUAGAGGUGCACCAACUGAACUGGAUUUUGGAAGAUAACUGGAGCAUGCUCAGUUGUACAUCCGCGGACACGGGUGGACGACAUUUACUUUACGUCGGCCAAAACGGACCCUCGUGCAAAUAUGAAUUGGCCUUUAUUAAUUCACAUUUGUGUCUAAUCGCUGCUGAUUAGACACAAUGCAACCAAGAAAAGAUGUAGAGC